UUCACAUUUCCCGUUCUCGUUACUGAUCUCGCAGGAGAAGGAAGAAGACGAGGAGGAGGGUGACUUGAUACGAACGAAAUUCAGCGAGAUGAGUCGGAACGAUUCCAAGUACUUCUCCACCACCAAGAAGGGUGAAAUUCCUGAGCUCAAAGAGGAGCUCAAUUCCCAGUACAAGGAUAAAAGGAAAGAUGCUGUAAAAAAAGUGAUUGCUGCUAUGACUGUUGGGAAGGAUGUUUCAUCAUUGUUCACAGAUGUGGUGAAUUGCAUGCAAACAGAAAAUUUGGAGUUAAAAAAGCUGGUCUACUUGUAUCUGAUAAAUUAUGCAAAAAGUCAGCCUGACCUAGCAAUACUUGCAGUGAAUACAUUUGUGAAGGAUUCACAAGAUCCAAAUCCUCUAAUUCGUGCUUUGGCUGUGCGGACAAUGGGAUGCAUACGUGUUGAUAAAAUUACUGAGUAUCUGUGUGAUCCUCUUCAGAGAUGCCUAAAAGAUGAUGAUCCAUAUGUCCGUAAGACAGCAGCUAUUUGUGUUGCCAAACUUUAUGACAUAAAUGCAGAGUUAGUUGAGGAUCGAGGUUUCUUGGAAUCCUUGAAGGAUUUGAUAUCUGAUAAUAAUCCAAUGGUUGUAGCCAAUGCUGUUGCAGCACUAGCUGAAAUCCAGGAAAACAGCAGUAGACCCAUCUUUGAGAUCACCAGCCACACACUUUCCAAGCUCCUCACUGCUUUAAAUGAAUGUACUGAGUGGGGUCAAGUUUUCAUAUUGGAUGCUCUUUCCCGAUACAAGGCAGCUGAUGCUCGUGAGGCUGAGAACAUAGUAGAACGGGUUACCCCACGGUUGCAGCAUGCCAAUUGUGCAGUUGUACUAUCAGCUGUUAAGAUGAUCCUUCAACAAAUGGAGCUUAUCUCCAGUACUGAUGUGGUUCGGAAUCUUUGCAAAAAGAUGGCUCCUCCUCUUGUGACUCUACUGUCUGCAGAACCUGAGAUACAAUAUGUUGCCUUGCGAAAUAUCAAUCUCAUUGUACAAAGAAGACCAACAAUUCUUGCUCAUGAAAUAAAGGUGUUUUUCUGCAAGUACAAUGACCCAAUCUAUGUGAAAAUGGAGAAGUUAGAGAUCAUGAUUAAACUUGCUUCUGACCGAAAUAUAGAUCAGGUCUUAUUGGAGUUCAAGGAAUAUGCUACAGAAGUUGAUGUGGAUUUUGUUAGAAAGGCUGUUCGAGCAAUUGGUCGUUGUGCCAUCAAAUUAGAGAGAGCUGCUGAACGAUGCAUUAGUGUUUUGCUUGAGUUGAUCAAGAUAAAAGUAAAUUAUGUGGUUCAAGAGGCGAUCAUUGUUAUCAAAGAUAUCUUUAGAAGAUACCCUAAUACAUAUGAGUCCAUUAUUGCAACACUUUGUGAGAGCUUGGAUACCUUGGAUGAGCCAGAGGCCAAGGCAUCAAUGAUUUGGAUAAUUGGAGAAUAUGCAGAAAGAAUUGACAAUGCUGACGAGCUUCUUGAAAGUUUUUUGGAAAGUUUCCCAGAAGAGCCUGCACAAGUCCAAUUACAGUUGCUGACUGCUACUGUUAAACUUUUCCUUAAGAAGCCAACUGAGGGUCCUCAGCAAAUGAUUCAGGUUCUGUCUUUGCACCUCCUGUUGCAUCUCUGAAAUUAUAUCUGGAACUGCUGCUAGAAGAAUUUGAUC